AUGGACGCCAGCAACGACAGCAAAGCCGUUGAAGGCGACUCUCAGCUGCUAAUCAACGAUGAAGUGGAGUCCGUCUUCAACCUCCUCAACAACGCCACCCUCCUCUUCAUCAUCACCUUCUGCGGCGUCGUCUUCAACGUCAUCAACAUCAUCGUCUUCAUCAAGAUGGGCUUCUCCGACUCUGUGAACAUGUCGCUGCUGGGCUUGUCCGUGGCUGACCUGUGGGCGUCGGCCAUCCUGCUGGUGUGCAGCGUCUGCAACAACCCGGUGCACGCCCACCAGUACGGCGUCAUCGGCGUCUUCUUGGGCUGGCCCCACAUCACCAUGGUCCGAGUCUCGUCGUGGCUCACCGUCUUUAUAACAUUUGAGAGGUAUCUUUGCGUCGCCUUCCCUCUGAAGGUUAAAAGCAUCAUCACGCCGUCCAGAACCAGGUCUUUUAUUAUCAUCGUCUUCAUCAUCUUCACCGUCGCGAGUAUCCCACCGUUGUCCGGGAUGAGGUUAGAGUGGGUGGUGCUUGAUGAGGAAACCAACGAAUCCGGUCUGUCGUUUUACUUCACCCCGGGGGGAAAAGAAAUCGAGAACGCGUCCUUCACCUUCAGCAACGUGUCCCUGCUCUCGUCUUUCCCGUGCGUCAUCGUCUUCACGUUCCUCAUCGUCGUCAAGUUGGAAGAAAAAUCAAAAUGGCGGAAACAGACGUCAUCGAUGGCGCAAAAAGACACGACCAGCGCGAGGGACACAAAAGUCGUGAAGAUGAUAAUCCUAAUCUCUGGGAUCUUUAUCUUCUGCUACAUGCCGGCUGUCACCUCCAUAGCCGGGGCUUUAGCCUACGCCGAGUACAACGCCACGGGCCGGCUCAAGAACUUCUUUAUCGUCUGCUGGUCGUUUGUCUUCUGUCUGGAGGCGACCAACGCCACGGUCACCAUGUUCGUCUAUUUAAAGAUGAGCACCAAGUACAGAAGUGUGUUCUUGAGUAUCUUCAGGUGCAGUCCUCAGGAAUAA